GUUUUUAGGAAUGAGAAAAUGGAAACUAUUGAAGCAGAAAAGUAUAAAGCAUACCAACAAAAAUCAUUAGAAAUAAUUUCAAAUAAAAUAAAAACUGAGUUAAUUGCUGAAAUGGCCUCUAAAACUAAAGUGUCAAAAAAUAUAUUCUCAAGUAUAAAAAAAGAAAAUUUAGAUAAAUUAAAUAUAGAUGAAUUGAGCAAUAUUUUAGAUAAUUCCACUGAUCCUAUAGAAAUCCAGUCAUUGCUUAGUGAAGAAAAAUUAGAAGCACUUAAAGAUUUUAAAAAAUUAGAGCAAGAAAAAUUCUAUUAUGAACUUCAAAAUAGGGUCAAUAGAGUGUUUAACGAUCAAUUUAAAGAUGCCCGUAAAGUUAUACCUAUGAUAAAG